UCCCAAUUUGGCCCUGUCCAAAAUGGUCUUUAUCUCAUGGACAGACUGAGUGUCUGGUAUUGACAGUGUGUAAUGUGGUAGAGGGGUUCUCAACUGGUCUCUACCGAGGAGACACAUUUUCCAAUGGUCAUUUAGUUACCACCUGCUUUUAUUUAAAUGAUUUUGAUUUUUAAUUAUUUCUAAAUAUUUUUUACUUUAAGUCGUUUUUAUUUAUAUUUAUUUUUAAUUAUUUUCACACUUUUUGAGGUAUUUUUAUGUACAGUAUUUAAUUUGCUGUAUUUAUACUUUCAUUUUUGUCAAACCAAACAAAUGUAUUUGUUCUUUGAAAUUGCCAAAGUAAUCUUUUGCAACAUAAUUACAUGCCCAAAGUGCAUUUUAGAGGAAUUUAGUAAGACAUUUUGUCAAGAAGAUGGAGAAGAACAUAACUGCAUGCAUGCAAAUGAUGCAUCCAGCCGUCCAUCUUCUUCUGCUUAUCCGAGGUCUGGUCUCGGGGGCCUAAGCCUAAGUAGGGAAGUCCAGACUUCCAACUUCUCAGCUACUUCGCCCAGCUCCUCCCGGUAGAUUCUGAGAUGUUCCCAGGCCAGUUGAGAGUCAUAGUUUCUCCAACAUGUCCUGGGUCUUCUCCGAGGCCUUCUACCGGUCGGCCGUGCCCUGAACACCUCCCCACUGAGGCGUCCAGGAGGCAUCAUGACCAGAUGCUCGAUCCACCUCAUCUGGAUCCUCUCAAUACGAAGGAACAGCGCUUCUACUCCCCGAUGACAGUGCUUCUCAGCUUAUCUAUAAGAGAGGGCCCAGCCACCCUAUAGAGGAAACUCAUUUCAGCCGCGCAUUUCAGUCACUAUUCAAAGCUCAUAACCAUAGGUGAGGGUAGGACUGUAGAUCGACCGGUAAAUUGAGAGCUUUGCUUUUCGGCUGAGCUCCCUCUUUACCACAACGGACCGAUGCGGAGUCUGCAUCACUGUAGGCGCUGCACCAAUGCGUUCCAUCCUUCCAUCACUUGUGAUCAAGACCCCAAGGUACUUUAACUCCUCCACUUGGGGCAGGAUUUCAUCCCUGACCCAGAGAUGGCACUCCACCCUUUUCUAGGCGAGAACCAUGGAGUCGGACUUGGACGUGAUGUAUCUCACACCAGCUGUGCCACACUCGACUGCGAACCGAUUCAGUGAAGGUCAGGGCUCAAUGAAGCCAGCAGGACCACAUCAUCUGCAAAAAGCAGAGACACAAUUCUGCAGCCCAGAUCCCCUCAACGCCCUGGCUGCGCCUAGAAAUUCUGUCCAUAAAAAUAAUGAACAGAAUCGGUGACAAGGGGCAGCCCUGGCGGAGUUCAACCCUCACUGGAAACUGGUAGGGUUGGGCAUUGAGUCUCGAGCAUCGAUGGGAACCGGGACUGACAUUCCAAUUCUCCCGGGAUCGUUCAAAGUAUUUUAGAUUUGAUGCUCGUCGGCCGGAAGAGAUAGCCGCGAACACCAACGAAGAAGAAGCCGGCGAACACCAGCGAAGAAGACGCGGCUAAAAGGUUUAGCUUAACUUGACAAAAAGAGUGGUCGACCGAGUGCAACAUUUGCAACACAGUGAUAUCAUGCAAAGGAGGGUGCACCAUCAACAUGAUUCAUAUUCACACAUUCAUGUAGAAAUAACACAGUGCCUCGUCUUUGAUGUGCUACGUCUGACUUCCUCUAAGCAGUCAGAAUCGGGGAAGUUCAACAAUAAAUAACGCCUGUCUCAUGCCAAUGUAAGGCAGGGCUUCAGGAUGCUAGCUGAUGUGGAAGUUGGGUGUAAAUAAAGGGCGGGGCUACAGGUAGGCAAGUUAAUUUAUUUGCACAGUAAUUCUUUGAUAGCAACAGUCAAGGGACCUUCUCAACUCACACGACACACUUCUGGCCAUCAAAAUAAGAACACUUUUGGCUAUAUCCUAUUUCCCUGUGUUUACAAAAUAAGUGUUUCGUAAAAAAAAAAAAAUGGCUUACACCAACACUGAGGCAGGAAACAAAGUAUACUACUUUGCAAAAGUAAACAUCUUUUGUGAAAGUGUACUCCUGUAAAAAUAAACUUCAUAACAUUUAUAUUCAAGCUGAAUGUGUGAUGUAUAUAUAAUGCUUGAAAAUAGCCCUGGGAGAAAUUCAUAGCCAAGUUGAUCAAAACUUCAUGAAACAAUUCAUGGAGAAGUUCAGACAUUUCAUCCAAAAAGAACUCUGGUUCCAUCAACCCUCAUUUAAACCAUGCCAACUUUGAUCAGCCUGCCUCUAAAAAAAAAAAAAAAAAAGCAUUUGAAUUCAGAAUCAGAACCAGAAUCGUUCAAAUUCAAACGAUGCCCAAACCUACAAACGUGUCUGACAUAUUGCCGGCAGUGUGAACCAAACUUUGACACCGGGCAUACAGCCUGAUUUAGCUGGUCCGGUACCCCAUAUUUCAGUAGUACUCCCCACAGAACACAGUCAUCAUACAAAUGAUGCAUACAUUAGAAUUAAAUAUCAAAAUUGCACUAAAUAAGAGCACAAAAUCACAUUUUUCACUUAUAACUGUGCAAUGAUUAUAAACCAUUUGGAAGAUGACCGGAAUAUUGCUAAAUUUUACGUUUAAGAAGAACAUCUUAAACAUUGGUUGUAUAUUACAUACUUUAAUGUCAUAAUUGACUUGCUGUCCACGGCCCACUUUUGGAUCCCGACCCACCAGUUGAGAACCACUGAUGUAGCAUAUUUGAUGAAAUACGUCAGCAAAAAGAAAAGAAAAAAAUAAAAAUUAAAUAAAUAAAGGAAUAAAUACAUACAAAAAAUUAUAUAUAAAAUUAUUUAAAUAAAAAUGUAAAAAAAAACAAACUAAUACCAAUAAAUAAAAAUAAAAAUGGUUUAAAUUAAAAUGUAAAAAAUAACAAAUUAAAAAAGACAAAAAUGGGUCCUGACUUAAUGACCAUUGGAAAAUGUGGGUCCAAGGUUGAUACCAUAUGAGAACUCCUGAGAUAGAGUAUGUCGAUUGCAAUGAAGAAGAGUGGCUAAUAGUGCUGUCUUAUGAAAUAUGAUACUUAGUGAUGCGCUCCUUUUCAGAUGCUAAAAACACUCUCACAGUAGGUAUUGAAACAUGAUGAGGGAUUUCACGAGAAACAGGUGCAUGUUUGUGGGUAAUACUUACAGUAUCUACUUGGCAGUAGAAGUGAGACAGAGCUGCCAUGACAUGACUUUGCAGUCAUUCUGAUGACCAUAACUUUAAUUUGCAGUCUUCCUGACUUCCUGUGGUCUUUGGGUGGGUGGGGUAGGAACAGCCCACACAGCCUAGUUAGGGUUAAUCGAGAUAAGACCUGCUAAUAUAAGCAAAUGCCAAGUCCACUUGCUUUUCCAGCCGUCCUAUCAUUUUCCACUGUGGAAAAACCACAGCCUUUGUUCACAUGUCAGGCUGUGGCGAGCGUGAUCUCACGGAAUUUACGUUGUGCCUUGUUGACUCCAGAAAAGGUUGCCUGAUUACCUGCGCGCGUCACACGUGUCAGUGUGUUUAGUGUUUUAUGCCAGGCAGAGGAAUAAAAAAAAAAAUGCUGCUGCACCUUCCCGCUUGACGUCACCGCCGCCCUCCUGUUCAGACCAGUUUGAGUCACUGCGUGUUCGCGAUCGCUGAAGUGCACUGAAAUGUGUUCACAUGUGGCGUAAUAACACGUAUCUGAUAACACACAGCGCGGCGGCUGUGUUUGUCCAACACAGUUGCCCUCUUAGACGAUGUCAAUACUCAAAGGGAUGUGAUUAACAACUCAGCACUUUUGUGAUAACCACUUUGACAGCUUGACAUUUGAUAGCCCUGAGAAAGUAUUCUGAUGAAUGUCAAUAAUACUCUGCAUAGCAAUGAAAAAAUACAAAAUAACUUCAUCGGUGAACCAGUAAUAUUUUUAAAAAGCCCAUCUGUACUCGCUAGUUAGAAAAAGCUUAAAUAUAUGAAUUAUAACUGCUAAAAUCAUUUAGAUCCACUGGAUAGGCACGGAGAUUCAGCAAAAUCACUUUUAUCAAUGAAUAGCUACAGCAGGGGUGUCCAAAUUGCAGCCUGGGAGCCAUUUUCGGCCCGCACUUCCUGUUUUAUUGUCCCGCGACAUAUGAUGAUGAUGAUGAUGAUAAAAUAAAUGAUUUGCCGAGAUAUGAAUGUUGUGUUCAGAUAGCUCAGCAUAUACUGUAUUAGCCUACAUCGAUUGAAGUUAGCAUCUUUAAUGUGCAAAAUGGAUCAAGAAAGACAAGAUGGUACAGUAUGUACAAUAGGGUGUCACAAGAUCUCGUGUGAUUCAAACGUGACACAAUUUCUCGUUCAGAAAAAAAACUGUCUUUUGAGCACUAGGCCUGGGACAAUAAAAACAAAUGCAUACAUCACACAAUAAAUGAAAGUGAAUUGGAUAAUCAAUAUAUUGCCAUGUAUAUAUUCCUCAUCUCCCGUCUCCAAACGGGCAGUAAGAGCGUUCGGCAUCUUGGUGCAUUUGUUCCAUAGAAUAACGGCAUGAACGGAGUGAGCCCUUUGUCAGUCAUACAGUCUCUUCUUUGUCUCUGUAGGUGGAGGCGGGGCCGCUAGCAUACACACUAAAGUGCAGAAGAGUGUAAUGUAGUAGAAAUUAUAUUAGUAGAUUGCAGUAUAUUAUUGUAUAUUUGUAUUAUUUUUCCUUGUACUUUUCUUAAAAGUCAGGUUAAAAUCUCGUCUCAUCUUGUAGACCCAAUCUCCGUGUAUAGUCUUGUCUCUUGACACCCCUAGUGAAAGACAAAUCUUUGUUUUUAUUAGUUACUAGUAUCAACAAUUCAGCUCCUUCUUUUUACGUUUUUGCCUUUUUGCUUUAUUUUCCCCCAUUUUUAUUGCUUCUUUUUUAUUUCUACAAUGUGCAGCGUGCCAAAAUAAAAAAACAGCUGCGGGCUGCCGCUCUUUGGACACCUAAAUGGUUGGUGCUUACAUGACAAAUGACUACAAAGCUAACGUUAAGUGUUUUGCUAGGAAUUGUCCACGUUAUUCCUAAUCCAAUCCAUUUUUAUCGUGGCCAUCGCAAACAUAACUCAGGUUUGGUAUUUUGGGGAGGAUUACUGCAAGGCUAGUAGCAUGAGAGAUGGUGUGCACGUGUUGACGAUUUCAGAGUGAAGAAGUGGAGCUUCUCCUGACCAAGCAGAGUGUGGCAGCCAUGACGGUGAAAACGAUUCACAGUGAUGGCUAACCCCUCUCACUGACCUUUUACUUUGACAAGCAGCAAGGACACUUCCUCCUUUUUUCUUUUUUGGUUUCUCCCUUGCAGUCUGAGCUCGGUAUUAACGCUCGAUCGGAGCAGUUAUUGUGAGUCAGAGAAGCAGCCGUUGUCGUGGGGUCAUUACCUGAGAUGAUUCCGUUUUAGAGAUCACUUUGUUUACAGCGUGAUUCAGCGCUUCCGUCCAUUAACUGUACCCCACCACUUCAGGUUUUUUUCCCCUGCCGUUUGCGAGCUAAAGUGGCAACAGAUGAAUUUGUGUGUCAAUUAUGAAAGCUAGUUAAACUUUGCUAAUGGUUAGUUGCCUUUUAUGGCUUUUGAUGCCUUUUUUUUGUUUUCCUUACAGAUAGAUACUUUAUUCAUCUACAAGAGGUGAAUUUCAUUCCACCCAAUCUUUAAUGGAGCAUUGCUGAGAGAUGAAUGUAUUGAAUUUUAUGGUAUUCAUUCUUAAAAGGUUGUUGUUGUUGUUGCUGUUGUGCUGUUUUUCUCAGCAUGUUGGGUAUGCACUGUUAGUUAAAGUGGCCUAUUAUGCAAAAGUGACCAUAUUUAUAAAUGAAAUCUUUUCAUACUUACAGCAUAGAAAACCUGUUUACCACCCUGUAAGUAACUUUUUUGUAAACGUUAUUGGAGCCCUCAAGACAUGAAAGAACAUCCCUAUAGUCACCUUUGCACUCCUAUUAAUGGUAAAUGGUCUUUCGCUUGUAUAGCACGUUUCCACCUCCAAGGCACUCAAAAGCGCUUUGACCCUGUUCGCACAUUUACCUACUGAUGACGCCGCAUCGGGAGCAACUGGGGGUUCAGUAUCUCGACACGAUCAGGGUGGGACGGAGGAUCGCACCCGUAACCUUCAAGUUGGGAGGCGAUCACUCUAUUGUAGUAUUAUUAUAGUAGACCUAAUAAGAGAAAAUAAGACAUAAGACAUAAUAUAGACACACCACUGUUGCCAGGUACCACAAACGUAGCUACGUUUGUCUUUGAAUGUGAGUACAGUAAGUCUUCCAAAUGCCUUUUAACAAGUAUAUUUGUCUUUUAGCUCAAUUAAGCAUUUUAUGCUUAAAUGCUUACUUUAGGCACAAAACACAUAAAAUUUGCUUAAAUACGCUUAUUUUUGAUUAAUAAUAAGCUACACUUCUAUUACACAAUGUUGUCGAUAUAAUAAGAGAAAAUUAAGACAUAAGACAUAAUAUGGACUCGUACACACACGCCAGUGUUCCCAGGUCCACCUAUUAUAAUUACAAUUAUUAUAAAGCCCAAAUAAUAAUUGUAAUAAUUAUUUUAAUUAUAAUUAUUAUUUGGGCUUUUUUGUGCUAUGUUAGAUAUGUAGCAUGUGGCACAAAUGUAGCUACGUUUUAUCUUUAAAUGCAUUAGUACAGUACGUACAUUUUUAUCCUUGAAAAUGCUUAUUUUAUGCCAAAACCACGCACAAUUUGUUUAAAUAUGCAUAUUUUUGACUAAUAGUAAACUAUACUCAUAAUAAAGGUAAAUAAGAAACAUUAGACAUAAUAUAGACACACACACACCAGGUCCAUUUUAUUAUAAUAAUUAUUUUAGCGUGUUUUUUGUGCUACGUUAUGUGUGUACACGAAGCACAAACGUAGCCACGUUUGUCUUUGAAUGGUCUUCCGAAUGUCUAAUAUUUGUAUUUUGGUUCAUUUAACCAUUUUUAUGAACAAAAAUUGUUAAUUGUAAUAUUGUAAUAUUGUAAAUUGUUAAUAUUUUCUCAAAUAUGCAUAUUUUUGAGUAAUACGUAGUGAACCGCAAAACAAGUACAGGAAGGAUGUUCAGGAAAUGCUUUAAAGGACCAAAAUACUUUUUUUUAGGUGGUCUGUCAUAAAAAAAAUUUUGCAGACGUUGACAUGGUUUGACGUGCUUGGUGUCUUUGGCAGAGCAUCUCCUCUGUGGUUUGUGUCUAAUAAUAUCUUUAGUCUACGGCUUUAUGAACGCAUCUCGGAACGAUUACCUUUCUUAUUCACUCGUGAUGUUUCCCAUGGAUCAUGGAGGGUGGAUCAUGAAAUUGCCUUGAAUCAUCAUCGCACACGUCAGAGUGCGCCAUUGGCUGCUUGGAGACUGUCGCUGGUUCAGUGGCGUACUAGCAGACCCCCCCGCACCCACCCCACCCCACCCCAUACCCCCGCUGCAUUUGGCUUGCUUCCUGUCCUCCAGCUGUUAUGUGGCAUCGACACACAGUAAACAAUCAAAGAGGAACAAAUAGUGAGAAACCUGACCUCUGAGUCAGAGUCGGUGCGGACACGUCAGAGCUAAGAGCCAUGAAGUGAUGCAGCCGAGGUAGUAAAGCACAUGUGUGUCACUCUCACUGGCACACAAUAGGAAGAGCAAGUUGUAUUGUUGUCCUAUGUUAAUACUCUUUUAUUAGUCUUAAUUCAUGUACUAUGUUUUCUUGUGGCUCUUAGCUCUCCCUAAGAUAAUUAAAAUGGCCGAAAAUGAGACCAGGAAACGAGGGCUGAUCAGUGCUCAGCCAUCUGUGUGAGCAGUAACCUUUGCAGUCUCUCAGCACUAUUUCACAAUCUGUGAAAUUCACUGCGCAAGGCUUCUAAAAUGGACCCAUAAAUACUGUGAAGUCACACUGUCCUGCUGAAAUGCUUCACAUCACAAAUGUUUUUGUUUUAGCAGAAAUUAAAAGAAUCUCAGCCUUGAAGGGAACGUAUGCAGCUGGUUUCUCCAGCUGCCUACAGGGCACCAACAUUCAAACGUACUAAUUGCAUUGCAUAGCAAAAUAACAUUUGAAUACUGUAUGUACUGUACAGGAAUCCCUUGUUUCUUUCAGCUAAUUGGUUCCAGACCCGACCGUGAUGAGUGACUUUCCGCAAAGUAGGAUUUCUUAUUUAUAAAGGGAAUAUUUUACUAGUUAGAGCCUAGAAAACGUGUUUACAAACUCCUAAAUACAGCGUUUAACAUUAGAGCCCUCUAGACAUGAAGUAGCACCCCUAUAGUAUACUUUUACACUCUUAUUACCCAAUAUAGUAGAUAUAAUAAGAGAAAAUAAGACAGACGUAGAAAACUUGUUUACAACCUUCUAAAUAUGUUUUUUAACAUUAUUAGAGCCCUCCCCCAUAGAGUGGGUGAUGGACAGGAAGUACCAAUGGGGUUGAGAGUUGAGUUUCAGCUUGCCGUAGGUUACGGACCCAAAAGUAGUCCAUGUUAGGGAUCAUUGUGCCUGUUGUGAUAUAAUUCAAAACUGCAAUAAAAGACUGUUGUUCCGGCGAUCAAGUCUGGUGCUUGUGUAUCUCCCCCAACAUUACAGAAACAUUACACAUGACACUAGUAGCCAGUGUACAUAUCGCGUCUUUGAAUUUUUCUUCUAAAUGCCUGCUAGUCGUAUUUUGUUUUAUUUUGCCAUUUUCAUGCUUGCAAAGGAUUAAUUUAGGCAAAAAAGUGCUUAUAAAUGCACAUUUUCUCUAAUAAUAGGCCCUAUUCAUCCAUAAAACAGCAUGAUUUAUAAAUUUUAAUAUAUUUGUGAAAAGCUGACAUGGGUCACAGCACCCACUGCUUGUUGAGAAAAGCAAUAUGUGCUUUCAUGUUUGUCUCCAAAGGUCAAAAGUGUCCAAUAAGAACAGAAAAGGUCACUUGUCACUUUUUGUGAAAAAGAAAAUCUAGACGGGUAUGAAUACUUGCUAACUAUAGCGACAAAGUGCCUAAGUUUGCAACUCUGAUCCCUCCUGCGACGCCUUAUUAUUCUCUGGCAGGCCAGGCUUGUAUGAGGUGUUUUAAGAAGCAGAGUUAGGAUGCCAUCUAAUGUACAGAGUUGGAACCACAAGUUACAUCCAUUCAAAGGCAGUCCCAUUAUAAUGUGUUUGAGUCAGAGCCAAACCUAUUUGCGGCAGCCCACCACAAAUGAAUGAAUGCAUGGCAAGCAAUGCUUUAUGUUGCUGACCAGUGUCAGUGAAUGGUUUUGUGGUUGACUUUGGAGCUUCCGUUGCAGUGGCAGUACCUGAUAGAACCUGGUGGAAUACACUGCGCUCAAGCGUGGCCACAUAACAAAUGUGCCAUGCCAUAAAUUGUUCUCUAAGAUUAAUUAUGCUUCCUUGUAGUCCUUUUACGGUUUCGGCUCACUGUGCUUGGAUGCCCCUCGUUGCUGCGGCUAUUUUGGUUUAAAUCCUUAAGUCCGUCUUUGAUCACUUCACACAGAGUGAAACAAACAGCAGGAUUCUAUUAGGUUUAUGUGAAUGAGCCGUCACUGUGUGUGUGUGUGUGUGUGUAUGUGUGUGUGUGUGUGUGUGUGUGUUUUUGUGUUUGUGUUUGUGUUUGUGUCUGAGUGAGAACUUGGCCCAGGCUGCUCCUGGCUGGCUCUUUAAGGAACGAUGCUGCGAUCACGAUGAAUGAGGGCAGAUGUGAGAGCAGCAGGAGCAACUGCUUGGAGGCUUUCUAACGUGACGCCGUACGCAUGGCACCUCUGUUGUGGCUGUCGGGCAAGCCGCUUUGAACCGGAGGCCGCCGUCUGGCCGGGCCAUUGAACCCCCACCGCCUCAUCUUUCCUCUCUUCCAUGGUUGGCAGAGGGGGCAUUGCUGCGUGUUUGUCUGUAAAUGGGGGAAGCAUGAGUGGGAGGGAGCUAGUCAUAUAUGUCAGAAGCUGCGUGGCUCCUUCACGCUCUUUUUGUUGUUGUUGUUGUUGUGAACAAGACAAGGCAGAACAAAGGACUCCCCGCUGUUGUUCUAGUGUGCUGACUGAGCUGUGCUCUGAUCACACCCUCCAUUGAAAUGAACCCUAUUAGCGAGCACAGCAGGCUGCACGAGUGCUGGCACACCACUGGGAGCAGAGGCAAAGGCGUCUGGAGUCCGCCUCCUUUUCCAGAUAGGGGCCGCUGCUGAUGAGCUUGCAUUGUCUUGAAGGUUCGGCGUGGACGUCGGCGCGGCUUGUUUGUUGAAGGGGGGGUUGCUGUGGAUACGCGGGAUAAGGAGGCUGCACUGGAGUGAGCGCGGCGGCAUCUGCUGCAGAGAGAGCACCGCGCCGCUACAGAGCAGAUGGGGUUGAAGCAGGCUCAGCAAAUAGGAGAUUGACGCUGCUCCUAUUGUAAAGGCAAGCUCACACUGCAAACGCACGCCGUCUGGAUCCUGUGUGGGAGCGGAAGUGUUAAGGAUCAGCCCCGAGCAUCCCAGGUCAUGUGACCUUCUGGGAAGGCUGUCUGAAGUGGUUUGGAGGGUCUGAUGGACCCUGGAGUCUUUUCUCUCCCUUGACUGCACCGCCAAGCAACGCCUGGAUGAGAAAAAGCGAUGCGGGCGACAGUAAUCCUGGUGCAGGUAAACCCAGGUGAGGCCUUCACUAUUCGACGAGAGGAUGGUCAGUUUCAGUGUAUCACAGGUCCUGCUCAGGUUCCCAUGAUGUCUCCAAAUGGUUCAGUGCCUCCAAUUUACGUGCCUCCUGGAUACAUUUCACAGAUCAUAGAAGAGAACGGAGUGCGACGGGUUCUGGUUUUACCACAGCAACCGGAGUUCCACCCAGGCGGUCACUCCCCUCUCCACCAUCCUCCACCACCGCCGCACGCCCACCUGCCUGCCUUCAUCCCACACCCGGCCAUGAUGCCCCCGCCCCCGCACCUGUACACGGGCAUGGCGGGCAGCGGCGACAUGAGCUCGCAGUACAUCUCCCAGUAUCACCCCGCUCACAUCUACUCAGAGCAGGUCUCUGCAGAUUCCCACCCCCAACACGGACGCCCGGCGUUUGUCCACAGGGACGACAGAACGACCAAAACGUACGAGCGUCUGCAGAAGAAGCUGAAGGAACGCCAGGGAGGUGGAGGAGGAGGAGGAGGGCAGGUGAAGGACAGUCCUCCCCCUUCGCCUCUGAAGACCCGCAGCAGCCCUGCGACGCUGGACGUCCACAACGGCGUGGGAAGAAAAGGGCCCGAGGCGGAGCAGGGUCAACCCAGCCACACGGCGGACAAGCAGACGGGCCGGGGUCAAAACGGAGAGGCUGCAGAGCUGGAUGCAACAGCUCAGGCCCUGCAGGCGCUGCUGAGCACCAUCAGUAAACCAGCGGUAUCAGACAUCCAGGCCAGAGGCGCAGCGGUGAGCUGGAGUGCGCCCGCCAGGCCAGAGAGUGAAAACAGCAGCACGGAAUACGACUGCAGCCCCCCGGGGCCCCUCAGCUACGAGGUGUCUGUGUCAUUUAGCAGCAAGGAUGGCAAAUACAAGAGCAUGUACUGUGGCGAGGAACUAAGUGCAACUUUGGAAAACCUUCGACCAGCAACAGACUAUCAUGUCAGGGUCCAGGCCAUGUGUAACUGUUUACAGGGAAGCCCAUCAGAGGCUGUCAGCUUCACCACAUUAAGCUGUGAGCCGGAGCCUCCCAAUCCUCCCAGGAAGGCCAGCGGAACCAAGAACACACUCGUGCUGCAGUGGAAGGCCCCAUGUGACAACGGUUCCAAGGUCCAGAACUAUAUUCUUCAAUGGGAUGAGGGCAAGACCACUGGCGUAUUUGAGCAGUGCUACUACGGACCUCAGAAGCAGUACAGACUGACCAAGCUUUCACCAGCCUCAAGAUACUCCUUCCGCCUUGCAGCCAAAAAUGACUUGGGUGUCAGUGAGUUCAGUGAAGUGGUGGACCUGUUCACCUCAUGCAGUGUGCCAUUGCCACCCUUCCCUCCGGAGCUGGAGAUGGCGGGGGUGACCUGGCUGUGUCUCAAGUGGCAGAGGCCCAGCAGCUCGCCCAAGGAGGACGACGUCUACUACGUAUUGGAGAUGGAGGAGGAAGGCUCGGGUUACGGCUUCCAGCCGAGCUACGACGGUGAUGAACUCUCGUGCACGGUCAGGAACCUCCACAGGAGCACCAAGUACAAGUUCCGGGUGGCGGCUUACAACUCGGAGGGUAAGAGUAAUCCCAGCCCUGUGGUGGAGUUCACCACCAACCCAGACAGACCCAGCUAUCCCUCCAGGCCCGUCAUCAAGGGAAAACUGCUGCCAACCAGCUUCAGGCUGGGCUGGGAGCCCCCAAAAGAGAGCGGGGGAGCACAAGUGACCAAGUAUGUUGUUGAGCUGUCUGAGGGUUUAAGCGGGUUGUCGUGGGAGCUGGUGUAUUCGGGCCCAUCCAUGGAGUACGUGUGUGACGGCCUGAAGCCUGGCUGCUGCUACCAGACCAGGGUGUACUGCAUGAGUGAGGGGGGGCAGAGCCCGCUAUCGGAAACCCUGCAGGUCCAAACUCCAGCUGUGCCCCCUGGGCCCUGCCAACCCCCCCGAUUGGUGGGCAAGCCCAAAGCCCGGGAAGUGCAACUGCGCUGGGGCCCGCCUCAGGUGGACGGCGGCAGCCCAGUGUCCUGCUACAGUGUGGAACUGAGUGGGCCGCAGCCAGAGGAGAGCAGGGAGGUUUACCAGGGUCCAGAGCUAGACUGCUUCGUGGGAGGCUUAAUGCCCGGGAGAACGUACGGAUUCCGGCUCAAGGCGGGAAACAAGGCGGGGUUUGGGCCCCUCUCUGAGCGCUAUGAGGUGACCACAGGACCCGGUGCCCCGGAACAGUGCAAGGCGCCUUCCACUACGUGCAAGUCACCCAGCUGUGUUGUGGUCAGCUGGGAGGCCCCGCCCUGCAAUGGAGCACCUGUGAGCGAGUUCCGUCUGGAGUGGGGUGCCGCUGAGGGCAGCAUGCAGGUGGGCUACAGCGGGCCGGCCCUCAGCCACGAAAUGAAAGGUCUGCUACCUGCAACCAACUACUUCUGCAGGGUACAGGCCGUGAAUGUGGCUGGUGUGGGGCCCUUCAGCGAGGCCCUCUUGUGCCAGACCCCCUGCUCUGUGCCCGCAGCCGUUAGCAACAUCUGUGCCAUGAGGGAGACGGAGCUGAUAGAGCACAACGCAGAGGAUGAUGAUGACGAAGAGGAUGAUGGCGCCAGGACAAUGCCACUGUACUCGCCAUCCACCUGCGUGGGGAUUUGCUGGGACCCCCCCUGCGACCACGGUUCCGAAAUCACGUCCUACCUGAUCGACCUUGGAGAGCGCCAGCCCAUCCUGGUCGGCCGCGUCAGCAAACACAUCAUCCAGCACCUGCAGCCUGACACCAGCUACAGGAUCCGAAUCCAGGCCCUGAACAGCUUGGGAGCGGGCCCCUUUAGUCAUACCUUUAAGCUGAAGACCAAGCCCCUGCCCCCCCAGCCGCCGCGCUUGGAGUGCACCGCCUUCAGCCACCAGACCCUCAGGCUCAAAUGGGGCGACGGUCCAGCCAAAGCCGUCACCUCCGACGCCCUCCAGUAUCAGCUGCAGAUGGAGGACAAGAGUGGCAGAUUUAUAUCCUUGUACAAAGGAACCUGCCACACUCACAAAGUCCAGAGGCUUAAUGAGUCUACCUCUUACGCGUUCCGCAUCCAGGCCUUCAACGAGGCGGGCGAAGGACCCUUCUCCUCUGUUUACACCUUCACCACCCCUCGCUCUCCUCCUGCCCCUCUCAAAGCUCCGAAGGUGGAGCGUCUGGAUGACAACUCUUGCGAGGUCACCUGGGAGACGUUGGCGCCCAUGAAGGGAGACCCCAUCAUCUACACCUUGCAGUCCAUGAUGGGCAACUCUGAGUUCAAGCAGGCCUACAAAGGUUCCGGCACGUCCUUCACUGUGCCGCACCUGCACGCCAACAGCGACUACCGCUUCCGGGUGUGCGCCAUCCGCCAGUGCCAGGACGCCCCCGAGCUGAGCGGGCCCUACAGCCCCACGGUGACCCUCCCCCUCCAGCGCGCCGACGCAUCCCCAGGCGGCCCGGCAGCGGGCUCUUCUUCCUCCCGGGCCGAGUUGAGCCGAGCCAGACGGAGCCUGACGGACGAGCAGUGCGCCUUCCUCCUCCUCAUGGUCUUCUCCGUCAUCGCCAUCCUCAUCGCGUUCAUCAUCCAGUACUUUGUCAUCAAGUGAGGGACCCCCACCAACUGCCCCCCCCACCCAGCUGCACGGUUCUUAUAGCUUUAUUCUUUUUCUUGCUCUUUGUUUUCCCCUGUCAGCACAGGCAUGUGGGCGGGGCUUAGGAAGAGGGAGGGCUGAUGAAGUGAAUUAGCGCCUGGGGUACCUUCCUGCCCCGGGGGCGGGGAAUGGUGUCACAUGGUCACACAGUAUAUAUGUGCAUAGAAGAAAUAAUUUAUGGUUGUUUUUCACCACGUGUUCCAAAACUAACUUAACGUCAAAGUGUAGUCAGCUCAUCCUGGGACCCCCAGUGGGCGGCGUUUGCACAGUGAAGGACGGGGUGGGGCGGGACAUAAGAAAUAUCAAAAAACAAAAUGGGACCACAUGAAGGGACUUUUAAAAAAAAAAAAAUAAUAGUAAUCCUGAUGGAUUUUAAGGUGGUGAAAAAUGAAAAGCUGGCUCAGCACUUUCCAAACCUUUUUCAUGUCGGGAAUGUUUAAGGACGCAAAAACUGGAGAAAUGUUGCUAUAUUUUUGUACGGCAUCCAACAAAGAAGGACAGAAAGUGCUCGGUGUUAAAAGAAAAAAUACAUCAGGAAACCAAACAGUCAACUUCUAAUCUUUUUGUUUGGUUGUUUUUUCAGUCAUGCAGCUGCUUUACGCCCAAAUAUGGUCCAGCACAAACAACCUUUCACCUUCUUUUUCCUUCCACAAAUUUCAUUUUCUUUGAUUUGCACCUUAGUGAAAGCAACGAUGACUGACUGCGUGUGGCGAUGCCUUUUAUGGAACACACUUUCAGACUGUCCGAGCCCAACUUCUUUCUUUCUUUGUUUCUUUGUGUGUGGAUUUUUUUUUUUUUUUUUUUUUUUUUUUUUGCCUGUUUUAAAAGUUGUGUGUCGCUGAAACAACGGAGCAAAAGGUGAAAAAUAAGCAAAUUUGUAUCGGUGGUUUCAGAGGCCUUCAGUGGAGAGGAGAAAAAAACAUUCUUAAUUUCAUGUUUGUUUUUUUUGUGUUAGAAAACACUAGAAGGUGUUUAAUUUUAUUUUUUGCUACAUUUAUUUGAUGUCAGUAAAUAAUCAGAAAGUAGUUGUGUUUGUUUGACUUCUGGAUGAUUUCAUUUGAUUUGGCUUGGUCAGGGUUAUGUGUGAAGUAUAUAUAAUAUAUUUUUUAUAUGAUAUGUCAUAAUAGACGUUGAAAGAAUACACCGUGAUCACCGUCAGUCCUCAAGUGCGGACACAUUUAUUGUGUGAUAUGUACUUCUUGUCAAAUCCAAAUUUUUUUUGUGUUAAUUAUCCACAACUGGAUAGUUUUUUGGGGUUUUUUUCCUCUCAAAAGAAGAAAAAUCUAUAGGUACCUUGCAAAACGUGAUUUGGUCUUUGAAACAAUUCCUUUUUUUGGUAGUGACUGUGCCGUUGCAACACCUUCAUGACCCGCUUGGCUGCUCGAGGAGAUUAAAAAAAAAAAAAGUCAAAUAUGCACAAAAAUGGAGGAAAACCCAUUUUAAUGUCAUUUUAAUCUUUGCAGUUACCUCAUACACCUUUACAUUCCAAAAUGACAAUUUGUUAUACUAGACAUACCUAGCAGACAUAUCACUUUCCAAUGUUCGUUAUGGCAAAAUGUAUAAUCAUAGAAAUGUAUUUAAAAGUGUAUAUGUAUAGAUAGCCAUGAUAUCUACAAAAAAAAUCCAUGCACAAUAAAAGAUUUAUUAUUCUUAAUUGUUCUUUGUUCUUUUACCAAUCAACAGUCCUAUUCAUUUUAAAGGUUCCAUAUCAGCUAUUUUUACUAAUAGUGGUGGCACAGUAGUUAGCCCUGCUGGGAACAUGUCCUUUUAUUGUGUGUAGCUUUAAUGCUAAUGAGCUGUGUUUUUCUCCCAAAGGGAGCGUGUCUCCACGAGGCGUCAAAGGAGACCCCUCGCCCAAAUGGAAAAAAAAAAUCAAAAUAAAAACGUGACUAAUAAAGACACCCAUAAAAACCAGGAGGUUAUGCAACCAAACCACUUCCUCACUCACAGUGCGACCAAAAAUAACAAAAACAUACGUGGAACACGUAUGGGCAAAAACAUUUACACAAAAAUCUACAUGCAAAAUAAUGGAUUAAUUUUAUUCCAAUGUAUAACCCGCAAGGCAUGCUUUGUUUGGCAGUUUUUCUUUAGA